CCAUUUAACAACACAUCAACAUUCGCACACGUGCGCGGUGAAACAAGUGAGAUGCUGUCAACGGAGAACGUGUCUUGAAUUUGCUUUCUGAAUAUGUACAUGUUGAUAACUGUCAUACUAUAUCUUUCUGCUUAGACGUUUGUCUGGUAAUCCGGGAAGGUCCUGAUCAUAUUCAGGGAGCGUGUGUCAUUUGCGUUUAGUUUAAAAUUAGAUUGAAAAUUUAUGUCCACAUAAAUUUGUGUGUUGUGAUUGACGUCCAAUUUUGUUGCUAGAAAUUCGCGGUUCAGCUCAGCGAACGAACGUGGGUAGGCCUACUCGCUCGCAGCUCGAUCAGUCCACCGAAUCUGCAGCUUUCAUCUAUCUCGCUGAACACCAUCUUCUGUUCUGUUUUGCUUUGCCACUUUUCUUAAAUCAAUCAUCAUGCCAGGAGAAUUAUCAGAGUAUGAAAAACGUCGAUUGAAGAACAUCGAAGAAAACAAGCGAGUUUUAGCUGGACUUGGCAUUCUGAAACCGUUCAUUGCUCCAAAGAAGACAAGUGGAAUCAAGAGGAAACGUCCAUCUACUGCAUCACCAAGAACACCUAAGACACCACGCCUGACAGAUGCUGGACCUGAUGGAGGCAGCGAUUAUUCACACUUUGGCAGAAGGCAGUCUAGGAGGUUGCGGGGAAGUCAACCGAUAGAAGGUGGUGAUGUUGAUCUUGAAGCAUUGGAACAUAGCCUUGAUCACCAAGAUGCAGACUAUAAACCAGUCAAGAGAGCUCCCAGAGAUAACACCUUUGGAUCCAUACCAGGUAUUGAAAUUGGAACUACUUGGGAGAUGAGAAUGGAGUGCUCUAGAGAUGGAGUGCAUCGACCUACCGUUUCUGGUAUCCAUGGUAACGAAGAUGGUUGUUACUCUGUAGCAUUGUCCGGUGGCUAUGAAGAUGAUGUAGACAUGGGUGAAUGCUUUACCUUCACAGGACAGGGUGGAAGAGACCUUAAAGGCACCAAGAAUAAUCCUAAGAACUUGAGAACUGCACCACAGUCCAAGGACCAGACCUUAGAAAGAGGGAAUCUAGCCCUAAGCAAGAAUGUAGAAAUGGGGAAUCCUGUCCGAGUCAUCAGAGGUUACAAGUCACCCAGUCCUUACGCUCCAGAGGAUGGGUAUCGUUAUGAUGGUCUUUACUCUGUAGAGAAGUUCUGGUUCACCACAGGUCUCUCUGGGUUUGGGGUUUACAAGUUUGCCUUCAAGCGAUGUCCUGACCAGGCCCCGCCUCCUUGGGAGGUGGAUCAGGAUGAAGAGAAGAGAGAGAAGGAGGAGUGUUCAUCGGAUAGUGGCUUCACAGAACAUUCUGAGGAAGUGGUUGAAGAGGACAAGAGUAGUGAGACUGCCGAGGACAUUAGUGAACUCUCACCAGCCAGUAGCCCUCAGAGCAGUCACUGA